AACGUAACUUUUACUGAGAGUCGGUUUGGAGAAUCCUGGAGAACCACCGCACAAAGAGGCUGCUUGGAAUACACACAGAGAGAGCUUCACACUCCAACUAACCUGCUCAUCCUCUCUCUGGCUGUGGCCGACCUGCUUGUGGGACUGAUUGUUAUACCACUGAUGGGCAUCAGAUAUAUUGAGACAUGUUGGUACUUUGGAGAGACAUUUUGUUCUUUGUUUCCAUUUAUUCUUUAUACUGUUGUUUCGGCAUCUCUUGGUAAUUUAGUUUUUAUAUCUAUAGAUCGUUACAUUGCUGUGAAAGAUCCUCUGCAAUAUUCAACAAGGGUCACCACCAACAAAGCUGUUUUUUGUAUUAUUUUAAUCUGGCUGUGUUCAAGCAUAUAUUCGGUUAUCAUGUUAUACAAUGCUAUUUUUCAUACAGAGAACCCAAUGAGAUGUUACGGGGACUGUAUUGUUACGGUCAAGUUUGAGUAUGUUCUCACAGACCUCGUCGUUUCAUUAGUAGCCCCUUGUUCAGUAAUAAUAUCUUUAUAUGGGCAGAUCUUCUGUGUAGCAAAAUAUCAAGCUCGGCUCAUAAACUCUGUCACUAAUGCCAGCAGGUCGGAAAAAAAGGCAGCAAAAACACUGGGGAUUGUUAUAGCAAUUUAUCUUCUCUGUUGGAUACCAUAUUACAUGGCCUCUCUUUUUCCAGGAUAUGAUUCAAAUGAAUCAACUGUAAUGAACAUUAUGUGUUGGAUUAUGUAUAUGAAUUCUUGUAUGAACCCCCUCAUCUAUGCACUAUUUUAUAGAUGGUUUAGAAUAUCAAUUAAACACAUUCUGUCCCUGAAAAUAUUCGAACCGUCAUCAGAAUACUUAACUCUGUUCCCUGAGGUAAAUGAUCAGUGA